CAGAGCAAAAAAAAUGAUAACAAAACCAAUAUUUGGUUUUUCACUUCUUCUCUUCUUAUCAUUCAUAUUCAACCAAAACAUAUGUUAUGCACAAGAUCCACCAAGCAUAACAGGAUAUACUUGUAAUCCUAACCAAUUCAAUCCAUGUCAAACUUAUGUGUUAUACAGAGCUAGAGCACCAGAGUUUCUUGAUUUAGCCUCAAUUGGUGAUCUUUUUUCAGUAAGUAGACUAAUGAUAGCAAACCCUAGUAAUAUUUCCAACCCAAACACAACUCUUGUUAAUGAUCAACCCCUUUUUAUCCCCAUCACAUGUUCUUGUAACAACAUCAACACAACUUUUGGUAGCAUAUCUUAUGCUGGCUUUAACUACAGUUUCAAAUCAGGUGACACUAUGUAUGGUAUAUCAACAUCUAAAUACCAAAAUCUUACUACUUAUCAAUCUGUUGAGGCUGUUAAUCCAACCGUCGUACCAGAAAACAUUGACAUAGGUCAAUCCAUAAAAUUCCCAAUUUUUUGCAAAUGUCCAAACACGACAUCUUCACAAAAUCAACCAAGACUACUCAUAAGUUAUGUUUUUCAACCUAAUGAUAACAUUUCUUCUAUCGCCUCAAGAUUCAGGGUAACCCCACAAUCUAUAACACAAAUUAAUGGAAAUAACACCAAGAUUCUUGAUACCCUUUUCAUCCCUCUUUCUAAUCUACCUAAUCUUACACAGCCAGCAUCAUCAAACACCCCACCCCCACCCACACCCCCUGCAACCCCUGCACCAGUAAAUCAAGAAAAUGACAGAAAAGGAACUGUUAUAGGGUUAGCAAUUGGUUUAGGGGUUUGUGGGGUUUUAUUGAUUUUGGUUCUUGGUUUGUUUUAUAGAGAGAAAACAGUGAAGAAAGAAGGGUAUAGUGAUGUAGAAAGACAAAAAAGUUUGUAUGUUGGAUCAAAAAAGGGGUCUUUUGUUGAUAAAGAUGUUGAAGUGAAUUUGUUGGCUGAUGUAUCUGAGUGUUUGGAUAAGUAUAAAAUGUAUAAAAUGGAACAAAUUUGGGAAGCAACAGAUGGAUUUGAUGAAGGGUGUUUGAUACAAGGAUCAGUGUAUAAAGGAACAAUUGAUGGUGAAGUGUUUGCAAUCAAGAAAAUGAAGUGGAAUGCUCGUGAAGAACUCAAAAUACUGCAGAAGGUGAACCAUGGGAAUUUGGUGAAGCUAGAAGGUUUUUGCAUAGACCCUAAAGAAGCAAAUUGCUUCUUAGUCUAUGAGUAUGUUGAAAAUGGUUCACUACAUUCAUGGAUUCAUGGUGAAAAACCUGAAAAAUUGAGUUGGAAAACAAGACUAAGAAUUGCAACUGAUGUUGCAAAUGGUCUCUUAUACAUUCAUGAACAUACAAGGCCAAGAGUUGUCCACAAAGACAUCAAAACUAGCAACAUUCUCCUAGACACCAACAUGAGAGCCAAAGUUGCCAAUUUUGGUCUAGCUAAAUCAGGGUGCAAUGCUAUAACAAUGCACAUUGUAGGUACUCAGGGGUACAUCUCCCCUGAGUACCUAACCGAUGGCAUUGUAUCCACUAAGAUGGAUGUUUUCUCAUUUGGAGUUGUGUUGCUCGAGCUAGUGUCAGGGAAGGAGGCUAUUGAUGAUGAAGGGAAAGUCUUGUGGGCUAAAAUUAACGAUUUUUCGGAAGGGAGUGAAGAGAGGAAGGUGAGGAAAUUGCAAGAAUGGAUGGAUGAUAGUCUUUUAAGGGAAGAGUUAACAAUGGAGAGUGUUAUGAAUGUGAUGUCUGUGGCUAUUUCUUGUUUGAAUAAAGAUCCAUCAAGAAGGCCAGGGAUGAUUGAAAUUGUGUAUGCAUUGUCUAAAAGUAUUGAUCUAUUUACUGAUGACUCAGAGGAAGGACUAUCUCCAAGGCAAGUCACAGCAAGAUAGGGGACAUAUCUAUUUAGCAUAUUAUGUAAAAGUAGUUUUGAAGUGAGUAGUAUUAUUGUGUUUUGAGGUUUUUACUUUACUUUAAAGUUUGCUUCUAUAUAUGUGUAAUAUUACUCCAAUAUUAUCUUUUCUAGUA